AUGUUUCCAAGUUCUGAUGGGGGAGCCAGCCUUCUAAAUUUUAAGAGAAAAGACCAAAUCUGGGUUUGCCCGCAAGCUGCAGAUGUGGUUGAACUUUUUAUUUAUCUUGGCGAGCCUUGUCAUGUUUGUCAACUUCUUCUAACGAUUUUGCAUGGUGCGGAUGAUUCCACUUUUCCAUCAACAGUUGAUGUGAGGACAGGACGCUAUAUAGAUUAA